UUUUGACUCGGAGCUACAAGACUUUUGACAGGACUCCUUACCCGAGUGUGAGUGACUUUUGGAGGUUUUCGAAAUAAUCUUCAGUAGUUUCGAAAUGUAAACGUGCAAGGAAUACUAGAAAUGUAGAACUACUGGUUUUCCAAUUCAUCGUAAGCACUAGACUGUAGUAAGAAAAGUAAUAAGAUGACUUGCACAUACAAAACUCCAGCGACCAACAAAAUGCCGCUGAAAAAAAAUGGGAAAAAAUGUUAUGGUUUUUUUCAUGUCUUGGCCAUGACUCUGAGUGCGUUUAUCUGGGCAGAAGUUGCGUUUUCCGCAGGGCCCGUCAUCCACGUUGCUAAUGCUGCCCGUGUAGUCGUCCGAGAGGUCGAAGGGCCUCCAUUGGAGGAGCGAGAUGAGCAGAUGCACGAGGCAGUCGCAUUGUCGGAGGGUAAGCGAUUGCAAAAGGUUUUCCGGAAGUUUGUGCAAGCUCUUCGUGACCAACUUGAUAAUAGUGAUGUCGAAGUUGGAGAUCAAAAUGCACUACAAGAAGUAGACCAAGAAGUAUUUUUAAAACAAGAUGCCUCUUGGCAAUGUCCGGUGUGUCUGACUGGAGCCACGAGGACUAGAGAUGGUGAUGACGAAGUUUGCCGGCUUUUCCCUUGCGGCCACUUCAUGCACAAAGAGUGUGCACAGCAUUGGAAAAGCGCUUGUUUGGAAAAGAAAAGUUAAGGCUACAGCAGAAGCACCCUCCAAAUCAUCCUUGGUAAUUAGCUUUUUCCAAUAGAGAAGGAGACACCAGGGAUGCUACCGAGGACGCGACUGCCGCGGGAGCUCUAAAAAAGGGUGCAGCAAGCACAAGGUACCAAUGAGCGUUUGCGUGGGAAUGAAGGUAAUGAAGAUGCUGAUGUACAAGGUGAUGGUCGUCAAUCUCGUCGAAAUGCUGCGGACUUACUUCGUCGCAACAGUUUACCGAGUUGCCCGGUUUGCAGAAUUGGUUGCUGUGAACAAGUACAAGAAGGUGUCGAUCAUUUAGAUUCCGAUGUCCUCUUGCGAGCAACCACGGCACUCACCGCUAAGUUAAUGGCGUGCGGCAUUGUUGAGGUAAACCUAAACAAUAGCUCCUUCUUGUCUACUAGAACAGAACAUGUAGUCCUAGAGGAACAACUUCCCGAACAGCAAGACGAAAACUUGGCAGAGGAGAUGGAGUAUUGCAUUUUGUCUCUUCUCGUUCAUCGGUUCUUGCCGCGAAACCGAUUACGCACUAGUUGUAUUGAUAAACAAAUUGGAGAUUCUACAUCAACGUUGUGGAAUGCGCUUUUGGAUAAAGAUAUAGAAACUGCGCAGACGGAGAAGAUGGCGGAGCGGCGUAACCCGAACGAUUUGUUGAAACGAAAGCUAAGAGAGUUUCGGUCUACUCUGGCACGUGAAGAUUUGGGAAUUGAUCUUGAAGCCUUCCAAGAUUUUGAAUGCCUUCGAGACGGCGGACAAGGGUUUUGGGAGUUAGUCGAGGUCGCUCGGACGCGUAUCUUGCUUGGUGAAAAGGGAAAGACAAAGGAGUUUAUGUUAAGGCUUCAGGUAAUCCAUCUCCAGGUAAUCCAUCUCCAGGGGUCUUCCUUUAAGGGAAAAACAGACCCUCCAGGAUGAUUUUUAAGGUGUUGGAUUCCGGGACGGUCUAAUUUUGCCCUCCUUCUCGGCUGACGGGCAGGGGUCAUCUCAAAAUGUCGAAGAAGACGAGCAGGGGUCAUCUCAAAAUAUCGAAGAAGACGAGCAGGGGUCAUCUCAAAAUGUCGAUGAAGAAGAUCUCCCGGAUCCCACGUCGCGGUCCUCAGACGCGUCCAUCCUAAUCAAGAUGAAGAACAUGAUAAUUUACUGGAACAUGAUCAUUUCCCGUUGUUCUUCUUCAAGAACAGCAAAAGUUGUCUUGAAAAUGCUUCGACGCAUGGCUAGAAACUUCCUGGGAGCAAAUCACCUGCAGCAUAACAAUCCCAAUUUUCCUAAGAGAACAGCACAGCUGAUUCGGUUCGUCACAGUCGCUAGGAAUAUUGUUAUCGUCACCAACCUGCCAUGUUUGGUUUGGGUCAUGCGGUACAUGCUUGCCCGCCAAUUAGAACACAAAAGGAGGCAUGCAGAAGGACAGACGUGUGAUGUUGAAAUGGACGGAACUGGAGACGUUGAAAUGGACGGAACAUGUCCCCACGUUUAAGCAGGGUUGGAAGUUGGCCUAUCAUCUAAGAGCAUCUCUAAAUGGCUUCCUCAAGUAGGAAAGCCAUAGAUCAUAUGCGACCUACUAGAGGGGGGCCAACUUUCAACCCCUAAGACGUUGAAACGCUUUCGCCUUUCUUAUCGACCAGAAGAGAGAUAAUUGGGAGCACAAUUCUUGACUCAGGACCAGGACCAUCUUCACCAGGACGUGUACUGUUUUCACCGGAAGUCCGCCAGAUUCUCGAAAUUACUACAAUUGUGCUAUGCGCUCUUGGGACGCUCUUCGUGAUACUUCCGACAAUUCUGAACGACAGCGGGCUGCUCUCUUUAAAUGCCAUCUGGAGGGAGGUAAGCACUAUGGGGGAUGAAGAUACCAUGGGGCGGGAAGAUGCUGAUAUGAAUGUUCCUCAACAAGUUGGAGAGGGAAGUACUCGACGUCCUCGUGGAACCAGAUUUCGUGGUAACGACCAACAAGAACACGGAAGCAUGAUCCGGGAUCAGCAGCAUCAAGCAUUUUCUACACAUCAAGCUACAUGUCCACCUGGUUUUCGGCCUGAACGCGCGAAGGACCUCUUGCGUUUUUUUGGGCAAUUUAGCGCGGAAAUGACUAUGGAAGGACCUCUGUCUUUGACGUGUUGACCGGAGUCAAUGCAUUGAUUUAGAUAUUUAGCUUUUCGUCCCCAUAUUUCAAGUACAGGGUUAGUGAUGUUGUCUCACUCAUCAGAGAUUUCUGCUUAGAGAUUUCAAGGGGAAAAUCCAUGGUCAAAGAUGCGCCCUCGUCUUGACAUGGAGUAUAUAGCUGAUCCAGACUUUCUUGCUCUUCUAACACGUUUGCUGAUCUACACUUUGGGGAAAAAAUCCAUGAUGACGCCUUUGCUGGAAGAUUUUGGACCUUUUCAGAAAAAGCCGAUUGGCUCUUGCCUCUCGAGGUGCGCAAGAUCACAGAUCACCUCGACGCCCAAUGCAGAGACGAACUAGUCUGGCGUGGCAUCGGAAAGCUUCUACCGAAGGCUGGUGCUGGGAUGCUGGCGCCGACAACCUCUACUGGAGGAAGAACAAGUUUUGGAAGCGGAUGCAGCUCGUCCACAACUGCUGAAGCAAGAAGCAGUGGCCCUCGUGCAAGAAGUAGUUUCUCUUCUCCUUCCUCCACUACGUUGCCGAAUUAUGAUGGACAUGAAGACCAUCCCAGUCUUGAAGGAAGCUUGAGCGUAGGAGAGACGCGUUCUUUUCUCGAACAUGUGGAAAAGCACUUCAAAAAGGUAUUUGAUCGUGAUGCAGUGCGGCCCCGACCAUCUCCAUCGCCUCACCGACCCGGAGGAGGCCUACUCCGACGCCGUCGGGGUUCUUCAGACGCCAGAAAUGCCGAAGAAGAGCCCCUUCCAGAGCAUUGUGCGACCUUAUGGAAGCAAAGCGGCGUCGAACUUCUUUGUGAGCUGGCUGCGAACCUGAUCUUUGCAACACUCGAUUUAGAGAGUGGACAAGAUGAAGCUCGUUCCUGCGGGUUCGAGCUUAUCGAUUUGGCGGAUCUCGAAGAACUUUUAGGCUCUUCGGAAGAGAGUAUAUCGAAGAAAUGGGACGACUUUUAUGAGUACCUGUCAAAUGCGUUGGACACGCCGCUGAACCUUGAUGCGAUGGAGCUUUUCGUUGAUCGCUGGAAUUACAAUACACAUUGAAAAGUUGGAGUGUAGCUCUUUUUACCACCUAACUAUGUAUCUUACCGUAAAGAUGUUUUAAUGACGUUGUAGGGAGGAUGAGCACCUGUUGUGGAAGGUUGACGAACUAGGGGGCGCACGCUGCGUGAAAGCAAAGAUAUUACAAUUAUAACAAAAUCACCAACUACAACAACAACACCAUGACGAUAACGCCCGCCGCCUGCUAUCUCUGCGACUUGACUGAUGUCCUGCUACAUUGUGGCUCCUCCGAAGUACUGAUCUUAGAAAGUCCUAGGUUCAUCUUAUUAUAAUUGUGAAUGAUUUAAACUUGCAUUAUUAACCAAGGACUUGAGAUUGACUGGAUUUGAGCUUCUCCGACCGCGAGGCUGACUGUACAAUCGAAUAUCUGUGUCAAUCAGAUACUCU